AUGGACGCGCGCAUGCUGUUGGUGGCUUUCCUCACCUUCACGACCUAUGCCAUGUACCACGCCCAGAGGAUCAGUUUUUCGGGUGUUGCCUCCUCCAUGACCGAGUACGCUGGCUUUUCCGCCACCAAGCUCGGUCUAAUGUCCACGGGGUACAUGUUCGCCUAUGCCAUCGGCCAGUUUAUUUGUGGUCGCUUUGCGGACCAGGUAAGGCCCAAACGGGCAUUGAUUUGGGGCAUGUUGUGUUGUGCAUUGCUGCCAAUUCUGGAAGGCCUCAUGGGUGCGAAUGGCUGUGGCGGCCAAGGAUUCUGCUACUUCUUGUGGGUCGUGGUGCGCAUCAUCGAAGGCCUCGUGCAAGCGACAGGAUGGACGUGUACGGUGGCCAUCAUGGGGAACUGGUUUCCACAGGAGGGCCGGGGCUUCAUCAUGGGUCUUUGGGCGACCAACUCCAAUGCGGGUGACAUUUUUGGACUGCACGUGAGCUCUCUUCUGCUGGACAAAGUUGGAUGGUACGUGAUUUUAUGGGUUUUAGCAGGUUUCAUGAUUUUGUGGGCUCUGGUGAAUGCCGUAUUUUUGCGUGGCGCCCCGCCACCCUUUUCUCUGACUUGGCAGUAUGAGGAAUCUGCAAAUAGCAAAUUCUCCUCCGUGGACCAAGAGAUCUCAGAUAGGGCAGCCAGUUUCUCUGAGAUCCUGUGUGUGCCGGGGCUCCUGCAAUAUUCUUUCAGUUACAUGUUCAUCAAAUUGGUGAACUACGCCCUCUUCUUAUGGUUUCCCUUCUAUUUGUCCGAGGGCCUCGGCUUAGACAGGUCGCUGUCGUCGUUGAUGGCCACCCGCUUUGACCUGGGCUUCAUCUGUGGGGCCAUCCUGGCGGGACUGCUGAGCGACGUGACCACGCAUUGGGCACGGAUGCCCAUGAGGAGCCCAGUGGUGAGUGGUUUUCUGCUCUUUUCGUUGAUUCCCAUGGGGGUGAUGCGCUUUUCAACCCAGCCCGACGUCAUCAAGUGGGCGAUCUUCUGCUGUGGCAUUCUCCAGGGCGGCCCAGCUGAUGCCUUGACCUCUGCCGUUUCGGUGGAUCUGGGGAAGCAUCCGCGGCUGCAGGGCCAGCGUGCCGUCUCAACCGUCGCCGGCAUCAUUGAUGGUACUGGGGCCGUGGGGGCAGCGGUGGGGCAGUAUCUCGUGGGAUCGCUCAGUGAUAUUUAUGGCUGGAAGUCCGUCUUCCUCUUUCUGUUGAUCUGCUUGGCUUCGGCCUUUGUGCUGUCCCUCCUUCGACUCUUCAAGGAGCUAGCGGAGGUGCGCCAGAUGCGCGCCAAGGAAUUCAUGGAUGUGGAGCCCGAAUCUUCCGACAGCGAAAACUCACCGUGCGAAACUUCAGGCCAAUGA